UUUCAAUGGCUUGUGAUGUCGGUGGUUUGGCUUCGUCUGCUUGUAAUUGAUUAAGAAUUUUCCUAUUAAAAUGUCGAAGAUUAAAGUGUCCGCAGAAUGGAAAAGACGCGUAAAAGCCGAAUAUAUGAAAAUCCGACAACAAAAACGCGCAAAGCGUGCGGAUGAGGUGAAAAUCGCAUGGAAUCGUAACCGGAACAACAUGCAGAAGAUACUUGAGGAAGAAGAGGACUUGUGGUGUAACACAAAUGCUGUCUGGAAUCCACAAAACGUAGACCCUCCCCAUGUGAAUUGUAUGAAAAAAGCCGAAGCCGUUCCUGUUGAUGGGAAGUGCGCAGUAGACACGCCGGCAGGUGAAACGCAAAAACUGCCGAUUCGUGUGAUACACGCAGUUACGCCGAUUCCUACAAUGUACACUUGGGCCCCAACGCAACAGAAUUUCAUGGUUGAGGACGAAACUGUUUUACACAAUAUUCCGUACAUGGGGGAUGAGGUCCUCGAUCAAGAUGGGACUUUCAUUGAGGAACUGAUUAAGAAUUACGACGGAAAAGUGCAUGGCGACAAGGAUCCUUCGUUUAUGGACGAUCCUAUAUUUGUGGACUUGGUGCAUGCGUUGAUGCAAUAUUAUGUGAAGGACAAUGAGGCAACGGACCGUGAACCACGAUCGAGAAGUGAAAAGGAGGAGAAUAAUAAACGCGAUUCGAAAGGCAUGAAGAGUGAAUCUCCAGAAGCUGGACCUUCGAGUAGUGCUGGCGAACCCAUGGUGAAGUUUAUGUUUCCGCCGCCAAUCAUUUUUCAUGCCAUCAGCAGUAAUUUCCCGGAUAAAGGUACGCCGGAUGAACUGAGGGAUAAAUAUAUUGAGCUAACAGAACGCACCGACCCGGAUCGUCCGCCCGAAUGCACUCCAAACAUUGACGGAGUGAAAGCUGAAAGUGUAUCUCGUGAGCAGACACUCCAUUCAUUUCAUACGCUCUUCUGUCGACGAUGCUUCAAAUAUGAUUGCUUCUUACAUCGUCACCAAGUUUCCGACACAACAAAUGGAAUUUGCCGAAUGGGUCUCCAAGCCUGCCAUCCGGGACCAAACUUGCAGAAACGUCGCUUCCCGGAGUUGAAGCCUUUCACCGAACCGUGUGGUACCUCUUGUUAUAUGUUAUUGGAGGGGAUGAAGGAAAAGUUAGCAGCGGACAGUAAGAAGACGCCUCCAAUUGACUCUGGUAACGAAGCGAGCUCCGAAGAUAGCAACGAUAGCAACAGCCAGUAUAGUAAAGAUUUCCAAGGUAAUAAGGACGCCCCAGCAUGUUCGGGACCUUCAGCGGAAGUUUCGUCAAUAAUGGGUAGGAAUAUCGCAAGCAAUUCUGGACAAAAUCAGGUAAUAAAUGUUCCUUUCUUAGCGGGCAUGAUGAACACUUCGGACACCAAAUGCGAUUGGACUGGUGCCGAUCAGUCUCUUUUCCGCGCUCUGCAUAAAGUCUUCUUGAACAAUUACUGCGCCAUCGCUCAGGCGAUGCUAACAAAGACCUGCCAACAAGUCUAUGAGUUUGGCCAAAAAGAGGCUGCCGACAUUCCAUUCGAAGAGAUACGACAAGACUACACUCCACCUCGCAAGAAGAAGAAGAAGCAUCGGCUUUGGUCAAUGCAUUGUCGAAAGAUUCAAUUGAAAAAAGACUCUGGCUCGAAUCAUGUGUACAAUUUCACACCAUGCGAUCAUGCCGGUCCUUGUGAUCAAUCUUGUUCGUGUAUUCAAGCUCAGAACUUUUGCGAGAAAUUCUGUAAUUGCAGUGGUGAUUGCCAGAAUCGGUUCCCUGGAUGCCGUUGCAAGGCUCAGUGUAAUACGAAGCAGUGCCCGUGCUAUUUGGCGGUACGUGAAUGUGAUCCUGAUUUGUGUCAGACGUGCGGAGCGGAUCAGUUCAAGCUGACAAAGAUAACUUGCAAGAAUGUCAGUGUGCAGAGGGGAUUGCACAAACAUCUUCUCAUGGCUCCAUCCGACGUGGCUGGCUGGGGAAUUUUCCUCAAAGAAUCAGCACAGAAAAAUGAAUUCAUCUCGGAAUAUUGUGGCGAGAUAAUCUCACAAGAUGAAGCGGAUCGUCGUGGAAAAGUUUACGACAAGUACAUGUGCAGUUUCCUAUUCAACUUGAACAAUGAUUUCGUGGUGGAUGCAACACGGAAAGGAAAUAAAAUUCGUUUCGCGAACCAUUCAAUCAAUCCCAAUUGCUAUGCCAAAGUAAUGAUGGUGAAUGGUGACCACAGAAUUGGAAUAUUCGCUAAACGAGCGAUACAGCCAGGCGAGGAAUUGUUCUUUGAUUAUCGAUAUGGACCGACGGAGCAGCUGAAAUUUGUCGGGAUCGAAAGAGAAAUGGAGUUUUUAUAAGGCAAACUUUUAUAUGAGCAUUUUUAUUCGUAGUAUUUUGUAUUUUAAGCGAUUGACUAUGAUAAUAUAUUUUUUUGGAACAAUAAAUGUUGCCUAAAAUUUACAUUAAC